AGCGGGCGGCGCGCGGCAGUCACCAGUUCCCCGGGGGCCCGCUGCGCUCAGCGCGCCCGCUCCGAGCGCGCAGCAGCAGCUCCAGGCGCAGGGGACCCGGCGCCCCCAUAGCUCCUCACGGGACACACCCGGAACCGAUCCCCGUGAACGAGUGGCAGGCGGCACCCGGCUCCCGCGGACCCUUCUCCAGCAGGCUAUAAGAAAAUACUUCUUUGAUGACUGAAUCUCUGUGAACUGUAGAAGUCUAGGAGUUGGCUCACCGGCUAAACAUAAGAGGUUCCAGUGAAGAUGAAAGCAAGGAGAUCAGAGGAUGGUUCAGAAGUGAGGAUUAGCCCCGGGAGGAAGAAAAGACAAAAUUGUCAAGGUUGCUUUCAGCUAUGUAAUGUUUUUCGAUCCCAUGAAAUGGAAAUUGACCAGUGCUUGCUGGAGACCCUUCCCCUUGGCCAAAGGCAGCGUCUGGUGAAACGCAUGCGCUGUGAACAAAUCAAAGCCUACUAUGAAAGAGAGAAGGCUUUUCAGAAGCAGGAAGGAUUCCUGAAGAAACUGAAGCAUGGGAAGAAUCAGAAAGUCCAUUUUAAUCUUGCUGACAUGAUACAGGAUGCAAUUAUCCACCAUGAUGACAAAGAAGCACUUCUACUCCUGAAAGAGGGGGCAGACCCCCACACUCCCGUUUCCUCAGGAGGGUCCUUGCUCCAUCUGUGUGCUCGGUAUGAUAAUGCCUUCAUUGCAGAGAUCUUGAUUGACAGAGGAGUCAAUGUCAACCACCAGGAUGAAGAUUUUUGGACACCAAUGCACAUUGCCUGUGCAUGUGAUAACCCUGAUGUUGUCCUGCUCCUCGUAUUAGCUGGAGCCAAUGUCCUUCUCCAGGAUGUUAAUGGAAAUACACCAUUGGAUUAUGCUGUCGAAGGGACAGAAUCAAGCUCUAUCUUACUGACCUAUUUGGAUGAAAAUGGAGUGGAUCUGACCUCACUGCACCAGAUGAAGCUUCAGAGACCGAUGAGUAUGUUAACAGACGUCAAACACUUCUUAUCAUGUGGAGGAAAUGUUAACGAGAAAAACGAUGAAGGAGUAACACUGUUGCAUAUGGCAUGUGCUAGUGGCUACAAGGAGGUGGUAUCUCUUCUCUUGGAACAUGGUGGAGACCUCAAUAUAGUAGAUAAUCAGUACUGGACCCCACUCCAUUUGGCAGCAAAGUAUGGCCAGACAAACCUGGUGAAACUUCUUUUGAUGCAUCAGGCAAAUCCAAACCUCCUGAACUGCAAUGAAGAGAAGGCCUCAGAUGUCGCAGCAUCUGAGUUUAUUGAGGAAAUGCUGCUGAAAGCUGAAAUUGCCUGGGAAGAAAAGAUGAAAGAGCCCUUAUCUGUGCCUACCUUAGCACAAGAGGAGCCAUAUGAAGAGAUCAUUCAAGAUCUUCCAGUAGUUUCCAGUAAGCUCAGUCCCCUGGUGUUGCCAAUUGCCAAGCAAGACAGCUUGUUGGAAAAAGACAUUAUGUUUAAAGAUUCGACAAAAGGUUUAUGCAAGAGACAAUCUCUGGACAGCACUCCUGAAAACGCCACUGUGAAUGGCCCCACCAAAACUGAGCAGGUCAAGCUAAUGCCUCCUGCUCCGAAUGAUGACCUAGCAACGCUCAGUGAGCUCAACGAUGGCAGCCUGCUUUAUGAAAUUCAGAAGCGCUUUGGGAACAAUCAGAUAUACACUUUUAUUGGGGACAUCCUCUUGCUUGUUAACCCAUUCAAAGAGCUUCCAAUUUAUUCCACCAUGGUCUCCCAGCUCUACCUGAGCAGCAUGGGGCAGCCAUGCUCCUCUCUGCCACCUCACAUUUUCUCCUGUGCAGAGAGAGCCUUUCACCAGCUUUUCCAGGAGCAGAGACCCCAGUGCUUCAUUCUCAGUGGAGAAAGAGGAUCUGGAAAGUCUGAAGCCAGCAAACAAAUAAUGAGACACCUAACCUGUAGAUCUAGCACCAGCAGGCCUAUAUUUGAUUCCAAAUUUAAACAUGCCAUGUGCAUCUUAGAAGCCUUCGGACAUGCCAAGACAACUCUCAAUGAUCUGUCCAGUUGCUUCAUAAAGUAUUUUGAACUACAGUUCUGUGAGAGAAAAAAACACUUAACUGGAGCCAGAAUUUACACUUAUAUGCUAGAGAAAUCCAGACUUGUUUCACAACCUCUUGGCCACAGCAAUUUUCACAUUUUCUACUUGUUGAUGGAUGGGUUAUCUCCUGAAGAAAAAUAUAGACUUCACCUUAAUAAUUUAGGUGCACACCGGUAUUUGAACCAGACCUUACAAAAUGAUGUAUCAACAGCAGAGCAUUCUCUGAACAGGGAGAGAUUUACUGUUUUGAAACAAGCCUUGAAGGUAGUUGGCUUCAGUACCUUGGAGGUGGAGAAUCUGUUUGUGAUUCUAGCAGCAAUAGUACACAUUGGAGACAUUCGGUUCACUGCUCUGACCGAGGCCGACUCUGCAUUUGUUUCUGACCUCCAGCUUCUGGAACAAGUGGCUGGAAUGUUACAAGUUUCAAUUGAUGAACUGGUGUCUGCUUUAACAACUGAUAUCCAAUAUUUUAAAGGCGAUAUGAUCACACGUCGACAUACUAUAGUGAUGGCUGAAUUUUACCGGGAUCUCCUGGCCAAAUCUUUGUACAGUCGUUUGUUUAGCUUUUUGGUGAAUACCGUAAAUUGCUGCCUCCACAGUCAAGAUGAGCCCCACAGCACCCAGACACUGGAUAUUGGGAUAUUGGAUAUCUUUGGUUUUGAAGAAUUUCAAAAAAAUGAAUUUGAACAACUUUGUGUCAACAUGACCAAUGAGAAGAUGCACCACUAUAUCAAUGAAGUGCUUUUUCUACACGAGCAAACAGAAUGUGUACAAGAGGGAGUUACCAUGGAAACAGCUUAUUCUCCUGGUAACCAGACUGGAGUACUGGAUUUUUUUUUCCAGACGCCAUCUGGAUUUCUCUCUUUAUUGGAUGAAGAAAGUCAAAUGAUUUGGUCAGUGGAACCAAGUCUUCCCAAAAAGCUCCAAAGUCUCCUAGAAUCCUCAAAUACAAAUGCAGUGUAUUCCCCCAUGAGGGACGGGAAUGGAAACGUUGCACUCAAAGGUCAAGGCACAGCGUUCACGGUCAUGCACUACGCGGGAAGGGUAAUGUAUGAAAUUGUUGGAGCAAUUGAAAAAAAUAAAGAUUCCCUUUCACAGAAUCUUCUAUUUGUAAUGAAAACUAGUGAAAAUGUCGUGAUCAAUCAUUUGUUCCAGUCGAAACUGUCACAAACAGGAUCCCUUCUGUCUUUGCAUCCUUUUAAAUUCAGAGGACAUAAAUCUGCCCUGCUCAGUAAGAAAAUAACAGCUUCUUCAUUUAUCGGAGAAAACAGGAAUUAUCUAGAACUUAGUAAGUUAUUAAAAAAGAAAGGAUCUUCUACAUUUCUACAAAGACUAGAAAGAGGAGGUCCGCUGACGAUUGCUUCGCAACUCAGGAAAUCUCUAACGGAUAUUAUUGGAAAACUUCAGAAGUGCUCUCCACACUUUAUUCAUUGCAUCAAGCCCAAUAACUCAAAGCUGCCAGAUACUUUUGAUAAUUUUUAUGUGUCUGCUCAGCUACAAUAUAUUGGGGUGCUGGAAAUGGUGAAGAUCAUUCGAUAUGGAUACCCUGUUCGCCUUUCCUUCUCAGAUUUCCUGUCAAGGUAUAAGCCGUUGGUGGAUACGCUCCCCGGUGAGAAGAAGAAACUGUCUGCUGAGGAGAGAUGUCGAUUUGUCCUCCAGCAGUGUAAAUUACAAGGCUGGCAGAUGGGAGUCCGAAAAGUGUUUCUGAAAUACUGGCAUGCCAACCAGCUCAAUGAUCUGUGCCUACAGCUGCAGAGAAGAAUUAUCACCUGCCAAAAAGUUAUAAGAGGAUUUCUAGCACGCCAGCACUUGCUUCAGAAAAGAAGCAUCAGACAGCAAGAGGUCACAUCCAUCAACAGCUUUCUGCAGAUUACAGAGGACAUGGGACUGAAGACCUAUGAUGCUCUGGUCAUUCAGAACGCUUCGGACAUUGCCAGAGAAAAUGACCGGCUCCGGAAUGAAACAAAUGCUACUUACCACAAAGAGAAGUUGGAAGCCAGGAGCAAGCAAGAGGAAGGAACCAAAAGAGCUGAAGACAAGAGUGGACUCAGGUAUUUCCACUGCAGCUCCAUCCCAGUCCCCGUGGCUGUGGACAGCCUGGUCCAGUCCUUGGCUGGCCCAUCUGCCCGGUCUCCUUCUCUGCACUCGGUGUUCAGCCUGGAUGACAGCAGUGGACUCCCAUCACCACGGAAACAGCCUCCACCCAAGCCAAAGAGGGACCCUACCACACGGCUGAGUGCCUCCUAUGAGGCUGUGAGCGCCUGCCUGUGGGCCGCAGCCAAGGAAUCAUCGACUGAAGUUCUCACUCGGCCCAGACCGCACAGUGAUGACUACAGCACGAUGAAAAAGAUUCCUCCUCGCAAGCCAAAACGAAGCCCCAACACCAAACUGAGCGGCUCCUCGGAGGAGAUCUCCGGCUCUGGACCAGGGGUCAGGAGGGCCCCCGGCACGCGGCGCAGAGCGGCGGGCCCGCAAUACGCCCCAGGGGCGGUGCCAGGAGUCCCCACACCUCUGGCGCACUCAGAGCCAGAGCCCGAGCCCGAGCCCGAGCCCGUCUACAUCGAGAUGGUGGGCCGCGCAGAAAGCCCCGACCAGGCAGAGGCUGUGUAUGAGGAGAUGAAGUACUUCGUGCCCCACGAGAAUGGAGGCGGUCGGGGGGUGGGCGCCUGGGUGACCGCGUCGCCCCCUUUGCUGUGUGAGAGUCGGAGCCCCAUCACCUUGGAGGAUGGCGAUGCUAGCUGCCAGACGCCGGGGCCCUGCAAAGAUGCGUGCGACAUUCCAGCCCCCUUCCCCAACCUGCUCCCUCACCGUCCCCCACUCUUGGUGUUCCCCCCGACCCCUGUCACCUGCUCCCCCGCGUCGGAUGAAUCGCCUUUGACGCCCCUGGAGGUGAAAAAGCUGCCAGUCCUGGAAACCAACCUCAAGUAUCCUGUGCAGUCCGAAGCCUCGAGUCCUCUGUCUCCGCAGUACUCCAAAAAUCCAAAGGGAGACGGUGACAGGCCUCCUUCCCCUGGUCUACCUGUAUUUAACGGAUCCCACAAAGUUUCUCCGCCUCCCACACCACCGCCGGCUCCUGCACCUCCAGCGGCUACCCACCGACAGAACCCGCACUUCACGUUCCCACCGGAGACCGCCAUGGUGAACACGGGAAAAGCAGCCACAAACUCAGAUCUGUCCAAAGUGCAGCAAAAGCCAAACUCAGCUCCAGCUGCGAGUCCAGGCAGCUCCUUCUCCAAGAUUCCUUAUUCCCCCGGGAAGGCCACAGCUAGAGUUGACCAUAGGAAGGUCAACUCUAACUCCUCCUCUCCAGUCCUCUAUAGCCCCCCUAACUCCAGACCUCUCAGCAGCCCUCUGGAUGAGCUAACUAGCCUCUUUAACUCUGGAAGGAGCGUCCUUCGGAAGUCUGCAGCGGGAAGAAAAAUCAGGGAACCUGAAGGUUUUGAAACUAACAUGAACCUAACUAGCCGAGAUGAUCCUGCAACAUCAGAAAUUGCAUCAGAGACUCAAGAUAGAAAUGCAAAUAACCAUGGAAUCCAGUUAUCUAAUUCACUCUCUAGUGCUAUCACUACUGAAAAUGGAAAUUCCGUCUCAAAUGUGCACAACAAGGAUUAUCUGAGGCGAUUAAGGGCUUUCUACAGGGAAGGCCUGGGUGAGACCAUUUGCAGGACCAGGAGCUCUGCAUCUUUGCAUAGAUUCCAGCACCAUAUUGAAUUUAGCACCAUUGGAGCACUAAACCAUACUGAUUUGAGAACAUCAAAGAAUGGCUUUCAUCAGCUCUGCCUCAAGAUAGGUCCAGACCAUUGGCAAAGGAGCCUCUGGUUGGAGCAUAUGAAAUAUAUCCAUAUGUACAUUUAACAUCACUUUGUUUAUGGGAAAUGUAUAAAUUCUUUGGAACUCAUGCUGUUGUCUGACUCAAAGGCUAACUGCCAGAGGAAGCAAGCCUUCACUUGACAAUCUGGAAUAUUGCACAGUUAUCUAUUUUGAGCAACAGAAGGUAGCUUUGCAAAGAAAGCAAGCCCUGCCCCACUCUUCCCUCUAAUUAAAACUAUUUCGAAGUCAUAUUAAAUUAUUUCUAAUUUGGACUUCGAUUACAUUUCCUCCACCGUGGUUGAGAAGUCGGGGUCGAAAAUAGCUGAAUUGAAAUGCUGACCCUGCGUUUCCUUUUCUCUGGUAAGAGUGCACAUUCUCCCAUCAUCAGUCUCAAGUUCUUGGAGUCAUCCUUCACCCUCUGUUUCUCAACUCCUGUACCAAUGCAUUUUCUAAUACUCAUGCCGGGUAUACAAAGCUUGCAGCAGCUCAAGUGGAGGAACCUAAAAUUACUUCCAACUUAAUUUUCUUAGCAGUGUUGCAUUGUUCUUAUUUCCCUAGGUUCAGACCCCAACUCUAAUGCUUACUAACUCCGUGACCAUGAGCAAAUUACUUUACCUCUCCAGUUCUGAGUUUUCUCAUCUGAAAAAUGGGGAUAACCAGGGGACCUGGCUCAUGAGAUUUUUAUGAUUAUUUAGAAUGAAGAGACUAGCACAAAGUUAGUACCCAAUAAACAUUACCUAUAAACAGCUAUGACAAAAAUCUUAGACAUUUUAGAGUUAGAUGAUCCCCGAGGAUUUACCCAAGAAAACCAAAAAUUAUAUGUAUGAGGUAGAUAAAGUACAAAGCAGUGGAUUAAUUUCUCCAAGAUUUUACAGAGUGUAAUGCUAGAAUCAAUGCCUUAUGACUUAUUUACACAUAGACCAGAUACACACAUGUGUAUAGUCAAACAGGCAUAUCAUUUUGAUGGCCUACACUGGUAUUCAGGGCAAUGACAGACAUUAUAAUUUGGGAUGAAUGAGCCUCUGGGAUGAAUGAAGUUGAGAUAUGUGGAUGGAGUUCAAGGAAAGGAUCUGUUUAUCUCUAGGUUGGAGGAUUUACAACAAUAUAAAGGACAAAAUGGCAGGAGGAAGCCCUAGUGAAAGCCAUAUGCACAUCAGUCAAUCAGAGUAUUAAUUAAGAACUCGUUGCAUGCAGGCAUUUGGAUUCCUAUAAAAUGACAGAAGCGAUGAUAUCUAAGCAGCCCAAGGUGCGCUGUUUGUGAGCACACAGAAAGUGAGAGAAAAUACAUAAAAUGCUGAUAGCGCUAUCAAUCAAGAGAGAUCGUAAAAUAGGGCAGCCAGUGACAAGUGUCAAAGCAACCACGUAAAUAACAAUUCUCACAUAGAAGAGUAAAGUCUUAUGGGCUGAAAGAGUUAAGGACAUUUCAUUGUGAAAGUUGGGAUUUUCAAAACAAAUAGAAUCCAGACAAGAAAGGGAACACCUUUAAUUGAAAGAAAAAUUACUACAUGAUAUCUUUUUGGCAGAGAUGUGAAUGGGUUGCUUGGUAAAUAUAUAUUUUUGUAAAUAUAUAAGAUAGGAAAGAAAAUGUGUACAGGGCAUUGAACACCAAUUAAAGAGUGUCUCUGAAAGGGUGGCUAUUGUUUGGAAGGAGCCCUGUGUGCUAUUUUGGAGAAAUUUACCUGAUCUCAUUAUUCAGGGUAAACAAUGGAACAGAAACUUGACGUUGGGAGUACCUGUUUUGUGUUCCUUUAUUCGAACUAUUACAGGCU